AGUCCACGUCUCCUUCACCUUCUCCCCUCGUCAGUCGUCGAUCAUCGGAGGGAGGGAAGACGGAAGUUGUUAUUCAUAGCAAUGUCUGGUCCACAGUGCUGCGAAAACCCUCCGACCCUCGAUCCGAGUAGCGGGCCGGGACACGUGGAGCAACUGGGUGGCCUCGACGCCUACAUCGUCGGCUCGCAGGACUCCAAGCUCGCGAUCGUUCUCCUCUCCGACAUCUUCGGGUAUGAAGCUCCGAAUUUUAGGAAACUUGCGGACAAAGUUGCGGCUGCUGGUUUCUACGUGGUUGCUCCUGACUAUUUCUAUGGAGAUUCCUAUGAUCCUGAGAAUGCUGAGAGGCCCAUACCAGUUUGGGUAAAAGAUCAUGGAGUUGAAUCGGGAUUUGAUGAUACGUUACCAGUUAUCCAAGCUCUGAAAAGUAAAGGCAUAUCUAAAAUUGGGGCAGCAGGCUUCUGCUGGGGUGGUAAGGGUGUGGUUGAGUUAGGCAAGCGUGAGCUCAUCCAAGCUGGUGUGCUAUUACACCCUCCACUUGUCACUCCUGAUGAUAUCGAAGGGGUUAAGGUUCCUAUUGCUGUGCUAGGAGCUGAGAUUGAUGAAACGGCUCCACCUGAACUCCUCAAACAGUUUGAAGAGGUGCUCACUGCUAAGCCCGAGGUUGACGGAUUCGUGAAGGUCUUUCCCAAAACAAAUCAUGGAUGGACGGUGAGAUACAAGGAUGAAGACGAAGCUGCUGCGAUGGAGGCUCAUUCAGACAUGAUACAAUGGUUUGUGAAGUAUGUCAAGUAACAAACCGCAUCAAACCUUCAAUAAAGUGGAAGUAGGACGUGAUUCCCUAGUGUGAUAUACGAGUUGUCAGAUGCUAUAUUUCUCGUUUCUCAGUUUAUCUGGACUCUACGUGGUGUAAUGUGUAAGAGCUGGAAAGAAUAAUGUUAUUUGGAGUUCCUA